AUGGCGAUGAUGACUGGCCGUGUGCUGCUGGUGUGUGCCCUCUGCGUGCUGUGGUGCGUUGCCGGCGGUGGUGGAUGUUCUGAAACAACUCAAGAACCUUCGGGUGGUGCGUCUCAAGGUGGCAAGAAUACUGACGGUACAAAAAACACCGCUAAUGGCGCUGGAGGAGGUGUCAAAUCCAGUGCGACGGCAAAGUCACAAUUAUCGGCAGAAUCGGUGACAGAAUUAAAGGUAGAGGCAGCGGGAGCAGACACAUCAGCGACACAACAACACGAGAAACAAGCAUCAGAAACGGAAGAAGAAAAGAUGAAAAAAAAGAAUGAAAGAACGGAUGAGAAAGAAAAGAAAGAAUAUGACGAGGAGGAUGAUGAUCAAGAAGAGGAAGAGGAACAUGAAGAUGAAGAAAUAGAUGAAGGUGAAGGUGAUGAGAAGAAAGAAGAGAGUGAGAUGAAAGAAGAAAAAAAAGAUGAGAAGGAGGAAGAGAAAAUCAAAGAAGAUGAUGCCGACGCCAGAAAGGGGAUGUCAGCAGGCGGUGAAGAGCCGCCAAUUAUAUCUUCUGCUGCGGAGGAAGCAGCGAACCAAACAAAUCUCAAAAGCACGCAAACGACUGGAGACGGAGAUUCAACAGCCGAUGUUGCAAAGACAAGAGAAGAAAAACAAAAUGAAAAUAAAGAUGCCAAUCCGAAGGAAACACCGAUAAAAACAACAGCUAUUGCGAACGGUACGGCUCCAACUGGCGACAGUGACGGCAGCACCGCGGUCUCCCACACCACCUCCCCUCUUUUGCUUCUUCUUGUUGUUGCGUGUGCUGCUGCGGUGGUGGUCGCGUGA